AUGUCCCGAGCAGUCGCGUGUUUUGUGCUCAUCGCCUACGCGGCAGCCCAUCCGACGCAGGAUGUAUCCGCCACCGAGAACGACAUAGAAGUCGACUGCCUCAAAAAAGACUCCACAUUAUGUCUCAAAUACAAGUUCUUCUCUUACGUCGACAAGAUGAUAGGCCAGAAGGAAUCCUUCGCGCUGACAGAUGGAGUGACUGUGGUGAGAGCGAGUGGAGUUCCUCCGGAAAAUGGAGCGCCCAGGUCUUUGGAUCCGCUGACGAGAAUCCAGGAGUACCUUCGGAGCCACUCCAUCCAGGUGGAGGUGAAAGGAUCUGACGUGAUGGACGCUGUAUCCGGAGUCGGCAGGGCGUUGGAAGACACUUUCUCUGAUGAUGAGCUGACGGAGGAGAGUAGAGGGAAGAAGAAGAAGGCAGCCAAGAUGCUGGGACCGAUUAUUGCAGCGAUUAUGUUGAAAAUGAUGGCCAUUCUGCCAUUGGCAAUCGGCGCCAUCGCUUUGAUAGCUGGUAAGGCGUUACUCAUUGGCAAGAUCGCUCUGGUCCUGUCCGCCAUCAUUGGGCUGAAGAAGCUCCUUUCGCAGCAGAAGCAUGUCACUUACGAGGUGGUAGCGCAUCCUCAUCACUCAUCCAGCCAUACUUCCAGCCACGACUACGGCGGUUCCAGCGGAUAUGGGGCUGACGCUGGCAGCUACGGCAGCGGAGGCCAAAGCGGUUGGGGCAGGUCGUUGGAAGCCCAGGCCAUGGCAUACUCAGCUCAGAAGCCACAGACGUCCUAG